GUGGACAACGCGCCGGCGCCCUGUCCCUGUAGUCGUGGAGUCGUCAGUCCCAGAUGGAAAAUGGGUAAGGAGCAUUCAGAAAUUCAGUUCAGGAAGAAGAUACAAGUAUGAUAAUAGGUAAAAGUCCACAGGUUAUUUUGCAGAAGAAACUGGUUUGGAAAAUUUAAUGUGAAGUCAACAUUGAAAUGUAUUAAUUACGGCCAUCAAGAUUUGUAGAACAUAAAUAACUCCUCCUCGAGUUUGCACCUUUCAGCUAAUAACCAAAAUCAUUUUAGAAUGUCAAGCAAAGAAGUGAAGACUGCUUUGAAAAGUGCAAGAGAUGCAAUCAGGAACAAAGAGUACAAAGAAGCCUUGAAGCAUUGUAAGACAGUGUUAAAACAAGAGAAGAAUAAUUAUAAUGCCUGGGUUUUUAUUGGUGUUGCUGCAGCUGAGCUUGAACAACCUGAUCAGGCCCAGGGUGCAUAUAAGAAAGCUGCCGACCUAGAGCCGGACCAGCUACUUGCUUGGCAGGGCUUAGCCAGCUUGUAUGAGAAGUGUAAUCACACAAAUGCCAAGGAUGACUUGCCUGGUGUUUACCAAAAGCUCCUGGACCUCUAUGAAAGUGUUGACAAGCAGAAGUGGUGUGAGGUCUGUAAGAAACUUGUGGAUCUGUAUUACCAAGAAAAGAAGCACCUAGAGGUGGCUCGAAUGUGGCACAAGCUGAUAAAGAGACGGCAGGAGGAAGGCGCAGACAAGCAGGAGCUCCACCAGCUGUGGAGAAGAAUGACUCAGUUGCUGGCCGAGAGCGUGGCAGACGAGAAUAAUGAAACCCAGCAAAUGCUUUUAACUGCCUUUGAGAAUGCAUUGGAUUUAUCAGACCAGAUCCCUGGUGAAGAUCACCAGGUACUUUAUAGGCAUUUCAUUGAGUGUUUAUCCAAGUUUCCUUCCGAGACUGCCAGGUUGAAGAAGGCCUGUGAAGGAAUGAUAAACAUCUACCCCACCACAGAGUUCCCCUUAGAAGUGCUUUGUCUACAUUUCAUUGAGUCAGGAAAUAUUACAGAAGAGGGACAGCAGUAUUGUUGUAAACUAGUGGAAAUGAAUUCCAAAAGUGGCCUGGGCCUGAUUGGCUUAGGCACUAAAGCACUUCAAGACCGAAAGUACUCAGAUGCUCUUCGUAACCUAGAAGAAGGGUUGAAGGACAGGCCCGUGUGCACAGUGGGAUGGUGUCAUCUAGCGGAAGCCCAAGUGAAAAUGCACAGGCCUCGGGAUGCGCUUCUUUCCUGCAGACAAGCUCUGAAGAACAUGGAAAGCAUUGAUGCAUGUGGCGACAGCCUUCAUCAGAAGAAUCGUUGUCUUCGUUUGAAAGCGGAGGCUUUGAUUCAGCUCUCAGACUGUGAGUCUUCAGAGGAGGCAGUGCGUACUCUUAAUCAGGUUUCUGAUGCAAAUAAUAUCCCAGGACUUCUAGUCCUUAAAAGCUUGGCCUAUCUGAACAAAGGCUCGGUAGAUGAAGCCACCAAGAUCAUGGAAGACCUUCUUCCUUCUUACCCCGACCUAGCUGAAGUGCAUGCUCUUGAAGCAUUGAUUCAUUUUACCAAAAAGGACUAUGUGCAAGCAGAAAAAUGUUUCCUGAGGGCACUUGAGAAGGAUGCUGAGGUAGCUGAACACCACUGCCAGCUUGGGUUAACAUACUGGCUUAUGAGCGAAGAGACAAGAAAAGACAAAACAAAGGCUCUUGCCCACUUUCUGAAGGCUGCAAGACUGGAUCCAUACAUGGGUAAAGUUUUCCGCUAUUUGGGUCACUAUUACAGAGAUGUAGUGGGAGAUAAAAACAGAGCCCGAGGAUGUUACAGAAAAGCUUUUGAGUUAGACGACACUGAUGCUGAGUCUGGAGCUGCGGCAGUUGACCUGAGUGUGGAGCUUGAAGAUACGGAAACUGCCUUAGCAAUCUUAACAGUAGUAACUCAGAAGGCAAGUGCUGGAACAGCCAAGUGGGCCUGGCUCAGGCGAGGACUGCACUAUUUGAAAGCUGGUCAACAUUCUCAAGCAGUGGCUGAUUUACAGGCUGCCUUAAGAGCAGACCCAAAGGACUGCAAUUGUUGGGAGUCUUUAGGAGAGGCAUACUUGAGCAGAGGCAGCUACACAACUGCCCUGAAGUCCUUCUCAAAAGCCAGUGAGCUGAACCCCGACUCCAUAUACAGUGUGUUCAAGGUGGCAGCCAUACAGCAGACCCUAGGCAAGUACAAGGAGGCUGUAGCGCAGUUCCAGCUGAUCAUUGCAAAGAAGGCAGAGUAUGUUCCUGCUUUGAAAGGUUUGGGCGAGUGCCAUCUUAUGAUGGGAAAAGCAGCUCUAGCCGACUGUCUUGAUGGGAAAGCUGUGGACUACAUAGAAAAAGCAUUGGAAUAUUUUACUUGGGCCCUGAAGCAUCGAGCUGAUGUGUCCUGCCUCUGGAAGCUCAUUGGGGAUGCUUGCACCAGUCUGCAUGUGGUUUCUCCAGCCAAAGUGAAUGUUCAUAUCUUAGGGGUCCUUCUUGGUCAGAAGGAAGGAAAACAAGUAUUAAAGAAAACUGAACUCCUCCAUCUUGGUGGAAGGUGUUAUGGUCGUGCAUUAAAACUAAUGUCUACAUCAAAUACGUGGUGUGAUCUUGGAAUUAAUUAUUAUCGCCAAGCACAGCAUCUAGCAGACACGAACAGUAACACAAAUGAUCUUAAAGAGUUGCUGGAGAAAUCUUUGCAUUGUCUGAAAAAGGCAGUGAGACUCGACAGUAAUAAUCACUUAUACUGGAAUGCUCUUGGUGUGGUUGCAUGUUACAGUGGUGUUGGAAAUUAUGCCCUUGCUCAGCACUGUUUCAUCAAAUCAAUCCAAGCAGAACAAAUUAAUGCUGCUGCAUGGACGAACUUAGGAGUGUUAUACCUUGCAACUGGAAACAUUGAGCUAGCUCAUGAAGCUUUCAAAAUGGCUCAGUCUCUUGAUCCAUCUUAUUUAUUGUGCUGGAUUGGACAGGCUCUCAUUGCAGAGACAGUUGGAAGUUAUGACACCAUGGAUCUCUUCAGGCACACCACAGAACUUAGUAUGCAUACGGAAGGCGCAUUAGGUUAUGCGUACUGGGUCUGUACUACGUUGCAAGAUAAAAGCAACCGAGAAACUGAGCUCUACCAGUACAACAUCCUCCAGAUGAAUGCGAUUCCUGCGGCACAAGUUGUUUUGUGUAAAUAUGUAGAAAGAAUUCAGAAUUAUGCUCCAGCUUUCACAAUGUUGGGUUACUUAAAUGAACAUCUACAACUGAAAAGGAAGGCAGCAGAUGCAUACCAAAGGGCAGUUAUGUUGUUACAGACUUCGGACGACAGAGAUUCUUACAAUGUGACCAUAAGAAAUUAUGGCAGAUUACUAUGUUCCGUUGGUGAAUAUGACAAAGCUAUUGAGGCCUUUAAGUCAACAUCCCUUGAAGAGCUAGAAGACCUCAUAGGUUUCGCAUUGGCUCUGUUUAUGAAGGGCUUAUAUAAAGAGAGUAGCAAAGCCUAUGAGAAAGCCUUAUCUAUUGUUGAGUCAGAGCAAGACAAAGCCCAUAUCUUGACAGCUUUGGCAAUAACAGAGUACAAACAAGGAAAAAUGGAUGUGGCCAAGUCACUGCUAUUCAAAUGCUCUCUCUUAAAGGAACCAACCACAGAAAGCCUCCAAGCCCUGUGUGCUCUGGGGCUGGCAAUGCAGGAUGCCACGCUGUCGAAAGCAGCGCUGAAUGAGCUGCUGAAGCACGUCCAGCACAGGCACAGUGACUACCAGCGCUGCCUGCUGACUUCAGCCGUUCACGCCCUCCAGGGCCGCAGCGCGGCUGUGCAAAGACAAGCUUCAAAAGCUGUCCACAGUAACCCUGCUGACCCUGCUCUCUGGUCUUUGCUGUCCCGUGUCGUGGCUCAGUAUACUCAGAGAAGUGCAGAGGGAGGUGCUGCAGCAGGAAAUGUGGCUCAUGUUCUAGGCUCACAUCAUGGAAAGAAGGCCUUAUUGUAUACUGCAAUAAAUCAGUUGGCCAUGGGAAGCAGUACAGCAGAAGAUGAAAAAAAUAUCGCAUUAAAGACCAUUCAGAAGGCAGCUUUCCUGUCUCCAGGUGACCCUGCUGUCUGGGCUGGUCUGAUGGCAGCCUGCCAUGCUGAUGAUAAACUGGCUUUGGUCAGCAGCGCUCAGCCAAAGAGGAUGGAUUUAUACUUGGCACUGCUAUCUGCUGUAUCUGCCUCAAUUAAGGACCAAGAGUUUCUUGAAAAUUACAACCAGUCUCUUGAAAAGUGGUCUUUCUCCCAAGCUGUCACUGGUCUGGUAGACACAGGAAGAACAUCUGAAGCCGAGUCUCUGUGCACAAAGAAUUUGAAGAAUAACCCUGACCAGCCAGCUGUUAUCUUACUUUUGAGACAAGUGCAGUGUAAAUCACUUCUGGAAACACAAACGCCACUUCCAGACACUGUACUUGAAGAGCUGCAGAAGACAGUCAUGUCCAACUCAGGCUCUGUUCCAGCUUGGCAGUGGUUGGCACAGGUGUAUCAGUCUCAAGGAAUGAUGGGUGCUGCAGAGAUGUGCUAUAGGAAGAGUCUGCAAGUGGCUUCCCAACAGGGCAGCUGGAGUGGGAAGCUCUCAAGUCUGCUGAAACUGGCCCUGCUUGCACUAGAAGUGUGCAUGGCUAAUAUUUCCAGUGAUCACUGGUCAUCCUUGGUUCAGGAGGCGACAACUGAAGCCUUGAAGCUUUGUUUUUGUCCACUGGCUGUGUUUUUACAAGCUUUGUUACAAUUUAACCGCAAAAUGGGGGCAAGAGAGACCCGGCGACUUUUGGAGAGAGUGGUGUAUCAGCCUGGAUAUCCCAAGUCUGUUGUAUCAACUGCACGUUGGUACCUACUGAGACAUCUGUAUGCCAAAAAUGACUAUGAGCUCAUAGAUGUGCUGGUAAAGAAUGCUGAAACUCACAAAGAUCAAAGAGCUUUGAAACUGAAUGAGAAGUUGUCUUCACAAUAAAAGUGGCAAAGAAUCAAGAAAAGCUUUAAGAAUCAAGCAGUACAUCGAGUUUUCACCAAACAACAUAUUUUAAAACCAAAAUUGCACUCAUCCAUUGUUUUUCCUAUUUAUAAACGGAAGAGGGUAAAUUUCUUAAUGUAUGGAUGGAAUUUUAUAUUAACUCUUGAUCUGACUUCAACUCAAAGAUCAUCUUUGAUUUAAUGGCCCAGAAGGAAAGGAAAACGGUGAUUCCCUUUUAUUUUUGAGUAAUUUUUCAUAAACCAUUAUUUUUUGCAUUCUGCAUGGUACAUAAUGGAAUAUCUGUUUGGGUUAUCCCUGACAAUAAAGCCUUGGUAGCCAUUUUCUAAAUAAUA